GUAUCAAAUGUGGGAGAAUUUUAGUCGACGUUAGAACAACAAAUAACUAUUUGAGAUAAUAUUCUUGUCGGUUAUUUUCCAAUUAUUCGAAAAUAUAAAAGGCGAUAUUUUUAAAACAUAACCGCGUCACGCAUCGAUAAAAGUUAUAUAUACACUUGUUAAGAAAGCUAAUUCUGUUAUCUUUUACCCAGUGAAAUAUGUGAUAAUCAUAACGAGUGUACGAAGAAAAUGCCUGCUACAAUGCGAUAAAGUAUAAAGUUCAAGUAUAUGCACGCAGAGAAUUCAACGAGAGUGUCAUCGCGAUAACGCAAUCUUUAAGUAAAAGGGAACGUCAGGCAAGAAAUCCGGAAACUAACCUGCAAAUGUUAACGAACUCUGUUUACACGGAAUACUAAUUUAAGAUUCACUCAGAGUUAAGGUACCUGCGGCUAAGCGUAGCAUACCUUGGACUUCAUUUUCUCGGAACAACCAGCCAUGUUAUCCUGUUUCCCGAUAUCUUCCGAAUAAUCGCAAUUAAUUGCCAGACGAAUUGAAUAUAACGGUCAAUAACGAUCCUAUACCGAAUCCUGUUAUUCAUGGCGGAUUCAAAAUAUUCGAUUUAAUUAUUUAAAACGACGAGAAAUUCGUCCACAGCCUAAGAAACAUAUCGUAGGAAACAAAACAUUCUUCGAACGAUAUAACGGAUUUAAACGAAUCGCCCGACCAGUCAAACGUUCAACCGCCUUAUUGGCAAAAAAUCAACGAGGAUGAAAUUCACCCGUCGCCGAUUAUCGCAUACGUUUCAACGAAAUUCUUGUAUUACGAAACUACCCAAGCCUUCGACUUCCCUCGAAUGCUAAAAUUUCUAUAAAUACGACAUUUUCUCGAAGCUUAAGCUGAUCCAGGGAAGAAGGUUACGCGAAUAUUCCAAUUACGCCUCUAUGUUUUCACGUGGUUGAUAAUUAGAACGAUAAAAAGAAAGAAAGCGAGUAAUUUUCGUAAACUGUGCGAUUAAAAUUUCAGAGAAACAAGACGGCGAUCCGGAACGUCUCUGAUAAAAAGAUAUCCGGUAGUGCUAGAAACUAGUCUUUCCGAUGAUCUCUUUCAUUCGUGUCGUUGAAUCAGAAGCGAUGAUACGCGGCGACAUAACGUUGUAGCCGGUUGGGCGCGGACACCCGAUAUAUAAGAGCAAGCCAGUCGGUUGGCGAGCCACAGUGCGGUCCGAUGGGAUAGGUACAACCGAUUCUCUAGUCUAGUAGCGUGUAAGAUCCCAACAGGAGAGAACGUGCCAAGUUCCAACGACGCGACGAACGAUGCUGCAUUAACCGCGUCCGGAAACGAAGAAACCAUCGUAACUUUUCCUUUCUUCGGAUAAUUAUCGCGAAAUUGUUCGAACCAACGAUUUGCAGUGUCUGUUGCGCGACAAUCUUCUCGAAUGUUUGCCAUUCGACAAAACUUUUCCAUCUAAAUACAGAAAAGUUGGUCAGGAAAAGAUCGAAAUUUUCUGUACACAUCGACUUUAGCAAAGCACAAACAACUACGAGGAAUCGAUGUGCGAAUACGUUUCUUUGAAUGUCGAUGAGAAAUUAAGGAUCGUUUAGCGGUGAUUCCGCAGGUAUUUGCGAAGCAUGCGUAUAAUCGCAUGUACAAUGAAUUAGGGACAGCGACGACGGUGUGCACGUGCGACACGAGGAAACGAUUUGAUGCUUUGGGAAGGGAAGUCUGCUCUCGUAGGAGGGCACCGUGCCAGGAAGCCGAUAUUGAUGUGAACGAGACCCUACGGAAAAUCACGGAAAAAUGUGGCGUUUAGUGUUUCUUGUAAUUAGCGCGGUAAUGGCCGGAGAAUCGGGUCCAGAAAUUGAAUAUUCCGAAACUCCGAUAGAAUAUUCACCUCUGCCCCAGGAAGAGGAUAUGCCCUCGCCACUCCCGGGAAUGUUAUAUCCACGGGAAAGUGAAUCGCGAGAGGUGAAAUCUCUAGAUGGUAUGUGGGAUUUUGUCAUUUCCCCAUCAGGAGACGCGCUAAUGGGUUAUAGAGAGGCAUGGUUUGCCGAUGAGCUAUCGAAGGUAGGAAAUGUGAUGCAAAUGCCAGUACCUUCGUCGUAUAACGACAUUACAACCUCCAGGGAUUUGAGAGAUCAUAUGGGCGGCGUUUGGUAUCAACGAUCUUUCUUCGCACCUCCUUCUUGGCGAGAACAAAGAGUCUUUGUCAGAUUUGGUUCUGUCAAUUACCUCGCGCAAGUGUGGAUAAACGAUGAUCUGGUAACCAACCAUGAAAUGGGUCAUCUUCCGUUUGAAGCUGAGAUAUCUUCGUAUUUGAUUUAUGGCGGUAAAAAUCGCAUAACCGUCGCAGUUGAUAAUACUUUGCUUCAAACUAGCGUACCACAAGGAAAAAUUAUCUUCACUCCCGUCGAUAACGGAACGAUACGCCUGCAAACUUACACUUUCGAUUUUUUCAAUUAUGCUGGCAUACACAGACCAGUUUUGCUGCAUACAAAACCACGCGUCUAUAUCGAAGAUAUCACUGUAAAGACCGGGCUAAUCGGUGAUACUGGUAUCGUAAAAUACAUAAUUCAACCGGCAGGCCUGCAGGAGCAUGAAAUUCCUAUCUGUAGAGUAAGCCUGUUCGAUGCCAAGGAUAUUUUAGCUGUACAGGAGCCUAUUUACGGACUUUCCGGUACGCUAAAGGUACCAUUUCCUAAGCUCUGGUGGCCUAGGGGUAUGAAUCCUAGUCCUGGAUACCUUUACACCCUAAAGGUUACAUUGUCGGUGGCGAAUGACAGCAAAGUAGACGUCUACAGGCUUCCAAUUGGCAUCAGAACAUUGGCCUGGACGAAUACGAGUUUAUUACUAAACGAUAAGCCCGUGUACAUGCGAGGAUUCGGUAGACACGAGGAUUCGAUUCUGAGAGGACGCGGUCUCGAUUUAGUCACCGUUGCUAGGGAUCAUGAGCUACUACAAUGGAUCGGUGCUAAUGCCUAUAGAACCAGUCAUUAUCCUUACAGCGAUGAAGUACUCGAUACUGCUGACCGGUUAGGCUUUCUCAUCAUCGGCGAAUGUCCUUCGGUAGACACUGAAAAUUUUUCACCGAUUCUUCUUGCACGUCACAAAGACUCGUUAUCGGAGCUCAUAAGGAGAGAUAAGAAUCGACCGUCGGUAAUUAUGUGGUCCAUCGCAAAUGAACCCAGGACGCAACUUCCGGAAGCCGGUGAAUACUUUAAACAAGUUGCUCAUCAUACGAAAGCACUCGAUCCUACCAGACCAAUUACUAUUGCCAUGGCUCGAGCAGUUCAGGAAGACAAAGCAGGCGAAUACCUUGAUGUAAUUAGCUUUAAUCGUUAUAACGCUUGGUAUAAUAACCCAGGUCGGCUCGAUACAAUAACGACCAGAGUUAUAGAAGAGGCUGAAGCGUGGCACAGAAAAUAUAAUAAGCCUGUGCUCAUGUCCGAGUAUGGAGCUGAUACUAUGCCUGGAUUACACGAGUUGCCUGAAUAUAUAUGGAGCGAAGAGUAUCAGAAAGAAGUAUUAUCUAAACAUUUUGAAGCCUUUGAUCAACUAAGAAACGAAGGAUUUUUUAUUGGGGAAUUUAUUUGGAAUUUUGCCGACUUUCGAACAGCUCAAACAUUCAUUCGAGUAGGUGGCAACAAGAAAGGUGUAUUUACAAGAGAUAGACAACCAAAAAUGGCAGCUUAUCAUGUUCGAAAAAGGUAUUAUUUUCUUCAAAAAGAAUUGGACGGAACAGAAAUACCGACAGAUCUCGAAGAUUAUAUAUCGCUUCACUAUUCUUUUCAUUCAAGGCUUUAAUCUUUUAGUAUUUUGCUAUUUUUGUUAAUCACUUUUUAAAGAGAACAAUUUGUUAUUUAUCUAUAUGUAAACAUUGUAUCAAAAUUAUUUGCUUGUUUGUUUCUCUUGGAACAUGUAAUCUUCGUCUUUAUGAAAAUGCUACCAUCCCUGAAGUCUAAAUAUUGCCACCAUUAUAUAAGCAUACAUCAGUUAUUACCAUUUUAUGUUUAAUAAAUGCAAGUUUUACAUUGA